AUGAUCGCCGUAUUUCCUAAACGCUUCCUGCGUGCUGGGCACUGCGCUAAGCGCUGGGCUGCAUCCGAAGAAAUGGGGCCGGCCCCAGUCCCUGGCCCUCCUGGGGCUCGCCGUCACCAUCCCCCUUUUCCCGAGGAGGUCGCCGAGGCACACGGAAGUGCGGGGGCUCUCCCGAGGCAAGUAAGGGAGAAACUGAAGAGACAAGUUGCUCAGAUGAGAGAGCAAGUGCCGAGUUUCAGACCAGGCCUGGCGAUAUUACAGGUUGGAAACCGAGAGGAUUCAAAUCUCUAUAUAAAUAUGAAGCUGAAAGCAGCUGAAGAGAUUGGAAUCAAAGCCACACAUAUCAAGUUGCCAAACACUGUAACAGAAACCGAGGUAUUGAGGUGUGUCACAUCUCUCAACGAAGAUUCUUCCAUUCAUGGAUUCAUAGUGCAGUUACCUUUGGAUUCUGAGAAGAUGAUCAAUAUUGAGGCAGUGACCAAUGCCGUUGCACCAGAAAAGGACGUAGACGGAUUAACCAGCAUUAACGCUGGGAAGCUUGCUCGAGGUGACCUGGGAGAUUGCUUUAUCCCCUGUACGCCUAAGGGGUGUUUGGAACUCAUCAGAGAGACUGGGGUGCAGAUCGCCGGGAGGCAUGCUGUGGUGAUUGGCCGCAGUAAGAUCGUCGGUGCCCCCAUGCACGAUCUUCUGCUGUGGAACAAUGCCACCGUGACUACCUGUCACUCAAAGACAGCGAAGUUAGCCGAAGAGAUCAGCAGAGCUGAUAUUCUGGUAGUGGCGGCCGGAAAACCUGAAAUGGUGAAAGGAGAGUGGAUAAAACCCGGCGCCGUAGUUAUAGACUGUGGAAUCAACUACGUACCCGACAAUUCAAAGCCCAAUGGGAAAAGAGUUGUUGGAGAUGUGGCUUACGACGAAGCAAAAGAGCGGGCUUCGUACAUCACUCCGGUUCCAGGAGGAGUUGGACCUAUGACCGUUGCAAUGUUAAUGCAGAGCACAGUAGAGAGUGCAAGACGUUUCCUGGAAAAAUUCAAGCCUGGAAAGUGGAACAUCCAGUAUAAUCAGCUCCGGAUUCUAAAUCCUGUCCCGAGCGACAUUGAAAUAUCGCGAUCUUGUAUCCCGAAGACUAUUGGUCACCUGGCUCGAGAGAUUGGUUUGCUUUCCGAAGAGGUGGAACUGUACGGCCAGACCAAAGCCAAGAUUCUGCUCUCUACCAUAGAACGUCUGAAGGAUCAACCUGAUGGAAAAUACGUCGUCGUUACCGGAAUCACUCCUACACCCCUGGGAGAAGGGAAAAGCACGACCACGAUCGGAUUAGUCCAAGCUCUGGGAGCUCACCUUCAGCAGAACGUCUUUGCUUGUGUACGACAGCCAUCUCAAGGGCCAACCUUUGGGAUCAAAGGUGGAGCUGCAGGCGGGGGAUAUUCUCAAGUUAUUCCAAUGGAAGAAUUCAAUCUUCAUCUCACUGGUGAUGUUCACGCCAUUACGGCUGCUAAUAACCUAGUUGCCGCUGCUAUUGAUGCCCGCAUGUUCCAUGAGAUGACCCAGACGGAUAAGGCACUUUUUAAUCGCUUGGUUCCUUCAGUUGGUGGCGUUAGGAAGUUUUCUGAGAUUCAGAUCCGAAGAUUACAGAGACUUGGCAUUGAGAAAAACAGCCCUGAAACGUUGACCGAGGAAGAGAUAAACAGAUUCGUGAGAUUGGAUAUCGAUCCAGAAACCAUAACUUGGCAAAGAGUAUUAGAUACAAAUGACAGAUUCCUGAGGAAGAUCACAAUUGGACAAUCUCCAACUGAGAAAGGCUACACAAGAAUGACCCAGUUUGACAUUUCUGUGGCUAGUGAAAUCAUGGCAGUCUUGGCUCUCACGAAUAAUCUGGAAGACAUGAGAGCAAGACUGGGCAAGAUGGUGGUGGCUUCUAGCAAAAAAGGAGAUCCGAUCAGUACAGAAGAUUUGGGGGUGAGUGGAGCUUUGACAGUACUCAUGAAGGAUGCUAUAAAGCCCAAUCUUAUGCAGACACUAGAGGGAACUCCAGUGUUUGUUCAUGCUGGACCAUUUGCCAAUAUUGCACAUGGCAACUCCUCGAUUCUAGCAGAUAAAAUUGCGCUGAAGCUUGUGGGCCCUGAAGGUUUCGUAGUGACAGAAGCAGGAUUUGGAGCAGACAUUGGAAUGGAAAAGUUUUUUAACAUUAAGUGCCGAUAUUCUGGUCUCCGUCCUCAUGUGGUGGUGCUCGUUGCAACCGUCAGAGCUCUUAAGAUGCAUGGGGGAGGCCCCACAGUUACUGCUGGAGUGCCUCUACCAAAUGAAUACACAGAGGAGAACUUGGACCUACUGGAGAAGGGCUUUAAAAACUUGGGCAAACAAAUUCAGAAUGCCUGGCAGUUUGGAGUUCCAGUAGUCGUUGCUGUCAAUGCUUUCAAAACUGACACAGAAGCCGAACUGGAGCUGAUCCGCCGCCUGUCGAAAGAAGCGGGAGCGUAUGACGCCGUGAAAUGCACUCACUGGGCCGAGGGAGGGAAAGGAGCCGUUGCUUUGGCCCAGGCCGUCGAGAGGGCCUCACGGUCACCCAGUGAUUUCCGACUCCUUUACGAUGUGGAGCUUCCAGUUGUAGAGAAGAUCAGAAUCAUUGCACAGAAGAUCUAUGGAGCAAGUGACAUUGAAUUGCUUCCAGAAGCUCAGCACAAAGUUGACGUCUACACGAAACAGGGAUUUGGAAACCUGCCAAUAUGCAUGGCCAAAACACACCUGUCCUUGUCUCAUGACCCAGAAAAGAAAGGUGUGCCUACGGACUUUAUUCUGCCAAUCCGAGAUAUCCGGGCCAGUGUCGGUGCUGGUUUCCUGUACCCUUUAGUUGGCACAAUGAGCACCAUGCCAGGCCUGCCUACUCGACCAUGUUUUUAUGACAUCGAUCUGGAUCCUGUAUCAGAACAAGUCAAUGGGUUAUUCUGAAAAGUAUUUCUUUCUCCAGGACAGAUCCACCUUCUAGAAGCUGAAGUCCCCUCAACCUUCCAGAUAUUUUAGAGCCUAAUUUGCUUUAUCAUUGGAUUCAAUCUGUGGAAAUGACUCUUGCCUAUAUUCUGCUCUUAUGCCUAGUAGAUUAAAUAAAAUAAUUUUAUGAUCCUAAA